AUGGCUCCUUUCAACUACGGCCACUCUGUCGCCGAUGCGGUUCACAAUGCACUUUCAAAGCUCUCGAGACGAAUCAAUAUACCACUUACUCCCACCAGCCCUCCUGGCCUUGUACAAGCCAACGUUGUCGACCCUUGGUCGAAAUCAGGAAAAUAUGGUCUAGGAUGGACCUACUUUGCGCUGGCACUCGUUGUGUCCGUCGUCGUGGUGCGCGCCUGGCAUUUUUGGCAGGACAAGAUCCGCCAGGCCAUCUAUAAGCAAGAGCUGGAAAACCAUUACAGAACAACAUAUAAUGUCGACUCGGAAGUCUUUCUCUCGGCUCUCCGAACCGGCCAAGGGACGCAGUUUUUCCCAGAAGGCCCCAACAUCGGCGAGAAGCAAUUUCGUCCCAAGGCGCACUUUUCUUCGGUUGGCAUCAUCAACGACACACUGGCGUUAUUUCGAUGGGUCUUCUACAGACCUAUUCCCGACGUUGUCAUUUUUAAAUAUCGCUUCACAUUUUCGUCACUGGCCGUCCUAGCAUGCUCAUUCAUUGCCGUCGUUUUUGUGACACUCUACUGCUUCCUUCAGCAACCUCUAUAUUGGCAGAGCAUUCAAUUUGGGUCGCCUCCUCUGGCAAUCAGAUCGGGCAUGAUAUCUGUGGCGCUGACGCCUUGGAUCAUUGCCACCAGCAUGAAGGCCAACCUUUUGACUCUUGUUAUUGGCAUCGGUCCAGAGAGGCUCAACGUUCUACACCGCUGGCUUGGCUACCUCUGCCUGUUCUUGGCCCUCGUUCACAUGAUCCCAUUUUAUAUCCAGCCUGUUUGGAAAGAUAAUGGCAUGUCGGUCUUUUACAAACUCUUCCCCGACGGCAGCGGCAUGAUUUACGGUACCGGCAUUGCUUGCAUCGUUCCUCUUAUUUGGCUUUGCGUGGCGUCUCUGCCCUGGAUUCGCAGAAUUGCAUACGAAACAUUUGUGAUUUUGCACAUUCCUGCUGGUAUCCUCUAUACUGCUCUGCUGUUCUGGCAUACAAAGAACUUCUUGAUGUCCUGGAGUUAUCUUUACGCUACCCUUGCCAUCUGGUUCGUCUGCUACAUCAUGCGUUUCUUCCGACUCAACUGGGUGCGGCCCUGGCGGCUGUCCUUUAUGGUUGGCGAUGAAGCUGCCGUGACACUCAUGGCAGAGAACUGCGUCAAAGUCACCAUUCCCACACAAAUGCGCUGGCGACCUGGCCAAUACGUCUAUCUGCGUAUGCCUGCCAUUUCAGUCUUCGAAAACCAUCCAUUUACCAUCUCAUCUCUCUGCAGUGAGGAUUUUCCCUCAGAAUAUGGCGAAGACUACCGAGACUGUGUUCUCGUCUUCCGACCCUAUGGUGGCUUCACAAAGAAGGUCCUUGACACGGCGAUGCAAAACGGCCCCUUCCACACAUACCGUGCAUUUCUAGAUGGACCCUACGGUGGCAUGCGGCGAGAUCUCGCUGCUUUUGAUACCUGUAUACUGAUUGCUGGCGGCAGUGGCAUCACUUCCCUCAUGUCCCAGCUUCUGAACCUCAUUAAGCGCAUGCGCGACGGCAAGGCCAUCACCCGCAAGGUCGUCGUCGUUUGGGCCAUGAAGAAGAUGGACUCGAUGCAGUGGUUCCGCGACGAGCUGAGCCUGUGCCGCGAGUCGGCGCCGCCCGAGAGCGUGACGUGCAAGUUCUUCGUCACGUCCGCCGUGCGCGACCGCCAAAACUUUGCCGGCAUGCAGAUGACGGCGCCCAUCAACGGAGGAGCCGGCGCGGCGGCCGCCUCGCACAAACGCCAGCUGUCCCAUCUCCUUCACAAUAAGCUCGACGGCUUCGUCGCUGGAGUCGCGUCGAAACGCAAUUCGGCGCUUAUCUACGACGAGGCCAAGGGCGAUCCCGAGCGUGAGCGAGAGCUGCGUGCGGAGAAUGAGGAUAAAAUCACCGCGCUCCCGCCGCAAAAGUACCUGCAGCCACACCCACCCCAGCAUCAACACCACGCCCAGCCGCCUCCUCCCCCGCAGCAGCAGCAACAGCACGAGUACGACGACGACGAGGCGCAGCGGCCGGUCAAUGCCAACGGCUUCCCCAUUGACAAGAAGCCCGACCACGACACCGAGUUCCACUUCCCGCCUCUCCAUCGCGAGAACCCGCCGCACUUCAACUACGCCCCGGGGACCUUUAGCCACGACCUCGAGGAUGGCGACGCCGUGCCGCACCCGCCCGAGCUCGCCCACCUGCGCACCACCAACAUCGCCAACCCCGCCAUGCCGUCAUCCGCCAAGCCGCGGCCGACAUCUACGUUUGGCCCGCCCUCGGGCUUCGACUUUGGCUUCCCCGCGACGCCGACCGAGUUCCAGAAGAGCUUGAUGCGGUCCGCCUUUCCCGUCCCGCACGAGAUUGACGGCGGCUGGAGCCUCGAGUACGGCCGUCCGGAGCUGGGCUACAUGCUGCGCCAGUGGGCGACGGGCGGUGCCGACGGGCGCGGCAUCCUCGGCCGCCGGACGGCCGUCUUUGUCUGCGGCCCGCCGGCGAUGCGCGUCGGCGUGGCGAAUACCGUCGCGCAGCUCCAGGCCGAGAUUUGGGGCGACGACGAGCUGGAGGAGAUUUUCCUGCAUACGGAGAAUUAUGCCCUGUAA